AGAACCCGAUGCACUCAUUCCGAAUCUAUUCGUUGGAUACUCCGUAUGAGUCUGGGCUAUUGUACGAGGAGGGGAUCGGCAUAUCGGAGAUGGCAACCGACCUUAUCGCUGGCGUUGUCACAGGGCGCAAAAUUAGCUUACGCCCUUCAACAUGACCCACUUCUGCAAGUGAAGGGAGCUAGCUUCUGGACACGAAAGGGCUAAACCAGCAGCCGAGAUAGGGUGCAUCGCAUUGAGUAUUUAUUAUCCACGACAGAGUAGGCGGAAAAGAAGUGGGCGUUUGUAUUACACACCUUCAUAGCAUCCCGCCAUGUCUGCACAAACUUCUACAAACGGCACAAAUGGCUCUUCAGCGUCCGCGAAGGGACAGCUCGAUGCAUCCAAGCUCAAGUUCAACUUGACAACAGAGUUAAAAGAUGUCCCCAAGCCUGGCUCCGCCGACUUAUGGGAACAGAAUGUCGCGACGGAUCAUAUGGUAACGUGUCGCUGGACGGUACAGAACGGCUGGGAAGCCCCGGUUAUCAAGCCGUUCGGCGACCUGACGAUCUCACCUCUUGCUUCCUGUCUUCAUUACGCCACGCAGUGCUUCGAGGGCAUGAAAGUCUACCGUGGUUUCGAUGGCCGCGUCAGACUAUUUAGACCGGAUCGAAAUGCCGAGCGCUUGGUCAUGAGCGCAGAGAGAGUUUCACUGCCAAGUUUUGAUCCUGAGCAGCUUGUUGAAUUGAUCAAGGCUUUAGUUCGCGUUGAUGCGAAAAGAUGGCUACCAGACCCCGGCAGCUUUCGGUAUAUCAGACCAGCGUUAAUCGGAACCGGUCGCCAACUUGGUAUCCAGAUUCCCAAAGAAGCCAUCUUGAUGGUUACCCUCGUUUGUUGGCCCGACUUCUCCACGGAAUCGCCUCCCGGUACAGUCCCACGAUCUGAUCUACGCCUCAUCACAUCGAGGAAUGACACCAUCAGAGCAUGGCCUGGCGGUUUCGGCUACGCCAAGGUCGGUGCGAAUUACGGCCCUAGUUUUGCGUCUCAUUGCGAAGCACAACAGGCUGGCUACGAUCAGGUACUCUGGCUUCUCGGAGACGAAGGACAAGUCACCGAGGCUGGGGCCAGUAAUUUCUUCGCAGUCGUUCGAGACGAAAAGACUUCUAAGCCAGUUCUACUAACGGCGCCAUUGACGGACCGAGUCAUUCUCGAUGGUGUCACUAGAAGGUCUGUUCUCGAUCUGGUUGAAAGCCGACUUUCCGAGGAGCUCGAGGUCAGAGAAGCAAAAUUUACGAUCAAAGAUAUUGAGAAGGCCUGGAGAAAUGGCCUACUUCAAGAGGCAUUCGUGUCUGGCACUGCUUUUUUCAUCAAGAAUGUAUCGACAAUUCGGGUCGGUGACUUUAACAUUGACUUGCCGCACAAGCAAGACGAAGGCAGUGCAUAUGGCACGCGGAUCAAGAGUUGGCUGAAGGAUAUUAUGUUUGGAGGCGAGGACCAUGAAUGGGGUGUUGUUGUGGAAUAAGAAGAACUACAGAAUAUAUCUUGUUCAGGCGAUUAUACAACUUAGAUUACAUAAUCCUGUUGUUCAUCGUACUGCCGACAGACGUUACGUUUCGUCGUCAUUGAGGAGACAACCUCGUUCCGCAAAAUCCCUCGUGUAACUCAGA